CGCCCACAGAAUAAUUAAUAUUUAUUUUUUGCACCCUUCUAUUUUCCUUGUUAUUUUUAUUUUUUCUUCCACAGUUUCCGGUCUACCCCUUUACACUUUUGUUCCGUUUUAUGUACUUCCUUUUUGCGUCAAUCGCGCGUCAUUUACACCCUUCCCUCGUUUACUGUCCCACAAAGUGCCUUAUUUAGUAAAAGAAAAUUCUAAAAUAUUUUAAAAUAAUUUUUAGCAGAAAAACAACAAAUAAAAAUAAAAAAGGUCAAAAUUCUUAAUUUACAUUAUCUUUGAAUAUUUUAACAAUUAUUUCAAAUAUUCCAACAAUUAUUUUUUAAUUACUCUUUUUAUUUAAUUUUAUGAUAAAAUUGAAGAAACAAUAUAAAAAUAAUUAUUUUUUAUCAUUAAUGACGAUAAUUAAAUUAUUUUUUCAAUUCUGCUCUCUUUAAAAAUUAAAAAAAAAUUUUUUAAAAAAUGUCAGAAUGGAAGAGGAAAACCAGUAGUAGUUCGGCUACAUCAGUCGGUCGAAUUCAAACCUGGGCUCGUGGUCAGAUUAACAGAGCGGCGGGGUAUAUCAGACAAGUUUCGAGAGACUUUGCUGCUUCGUUUGAUGAGGAGGAGGAAAAUGCUGGAAGGGUGCGGGAGCGGCGAGAAAUUGUUCAAGCUUCCGAUGGACACUUCUUUGAACGCCUCACAGUGGGGGAUGAUGUAGAUUUGUCGGCUAUAUUGCCCAGUAAAUACAUAGAAGCAAAUAAUGCUGAACUCUUAAUUGACACUAAGAAACCGAUUAAAAAUAGUAUCACUAGCAGUAAACAGUUGACUGAACGCUUUGGGCAGUUCUCUUUGCGGCCCCCGUCAAAAGAUGUAGAACAACAAAAGAAGCAUAUGAAUGUAAUAUUAGUCUAUAUUUAUUAA